AGAUUUUAUGUAGCCACGUCUCGGCAGCUUAAGAGACUGGAGUCUGUCAGUAGGUCUCCUAUAUAUUCUCAUUUUUCGGAGACCAUCACAGGCACUAGCGUGAUCCGCGCCUACGGCCGAAACACUGCCUUUGUUCUCUUGAGCGAUAUGAAAGUGGACGAGAACCAAAAGAGUUACUACCCUGGUAUUGUUUCCAACAGGUGGUUGGGGGUUCGCAUCGAGUUUAUCGGCAAUUGCAUUGUGCUGUUUGCUGCUCUGUUUGCUGUGAUUGGGAAGGAGAAGCUCAGCCCCGGAUUGGUCGGUCUGUCUGUGUCUUACGCUCUGCAGGUAAAAUCACACUCAUUACGUACUGUAUAAGCACAGGUCAUGUGUUCUUUGGAUGAGGUAAAAAAGGUGAACUUCACUAAUCAUAAUGCUGAGCGAUAGAUAA